UAUAAACAUGCUCUGAUUCACUUUCUGGUAGGUUGACAUUUUGAACAAAUGAAGGAACAAGACUUUUGCUGUAAAACAGCUGAGUUGAAUUGUUGAAUCAGGAGGUCAUGGCAUCAGGUACAUCUGUACCAUGUGGACCUUGUAAAAGAGGAAAAGCAAACACUAAAGCUGACAUCUGGUGUUUCAACUGUCAUGAAGGAUUAUGCUCAACAUGUUCAGGUCAACACAAAAGAUUUAAACCAACUGGUGAUCACAAGACCAUUGAUAUUGAAAGCUAUAAAGCUCCCAUUGACUCCAUCAAAACAAAAUGUGACAAACAAAAUCAACAACUCAAGUUGUACUGCCCCAGUCAUCUAAUGCCUUGUUGUGAUGAAUGUAUUUCAAAUCAUCAUUCAAAAUGCACCGGAAUAAAAAGUUUAGCGAGUGUAGUGGAGACAGCCAAAAUAGAACAAUCAAAAGCAUCUGUAGAAAAAGAUAUAACCUCCAUCUUACUUUUCUUGAAUAAAAUGGAAAUUCAAAAAACAAAAAACAUAAUGAAAGGAGAACAGCAACAUAAAAGCAUAAAGGAAUCCAUUGAUACAAUUCGGGAGGAAAUAAAUAAACAUUUAGACCACCUAGAGACAAAGCUAUACAAAGAAGCAGAUACUGUAUGGAGUCAGGAAAAAUCAAACUUAACAGGUUUAAUUACUGAAAUUGCAGAAAAAAAGAAAAACUUAAAGGAAAUACAACAUGAUUUGCAGACAGUCACAGCACAAAGUUCAAAAUUUCACUCAUUUCUAGGGAUGCAUCAGAUUGAACAAAUAGUACAUCGAUAUCGAUAUGUUGUAGAUAUUGAAAACAAUGAAAUGGCAAGGGAAGUUGAAAUCAAAAUAAAGCAAAAUGAUGAGAUAGAAGAUAUACUCAGGGAAUUAAGAUCAUUAAAGUCCUUUGGAGAGGUGAAAGUUGUUAAAACUAAAUUAGCAAUGAACAGAAAAACGAGUGUGGGUAUGGAACCACAAGUAGCAUUACAAGAACAAUCCAAUAUAAACACCAUGACAAUGAAUAUUGAGACAAAGAUCAAGAUCAAGAUUGGGAAGUAUAUUAAUGACAUGAUUUGUCUGAUGGAUGGGAGAUUGAUAGUAGUUGAACAGGGUGGUAAAGUUAACCUACUUUCUUCUGAUGGCAAACUAGAGAAACAAUUACCAAUAGCAAGUGGACCCUGGAAUGUUACACAGAUCAAUCAGGACACUAUUGCUAUGAGUUAUCCUCAGGAGAAACACAUUAAGGUGUUCAAUAUGGAGAAUGAAACCGUUGCCAAAGUUAUUACAUUAGACAAACCGGUACUAUGCUAUGGUUUAUCAUGCUGCAAUGAUUCCCUUGCUGUGGGUAUAAGAAAUCGUGAAAUCCGUAUUAUAGACUUAGAUGGAAAUACACUAAAGUCAAUACAUGUUCAGAGUGAAUCAUACCUGUAUAACCUUGUUUAUUGUAAUGACAGAGUAAUCUUUAGUGACUAUACGGGUAAAGCAGUAUACUGUUAUGAAGACUCAGGUAAACUUGUCUGGGAAUAUAAACAGGAUUUAGACGGACCACAAGGACUUUGUAUUGAUACUUUCGGUAAUAUUAUUGUUGUAGAUUAUUGCUCUGAUAGAAUAAUAGCAAUAUCAAAAGAUAGAAAGAAUAGUAAAGUAGUGCUCAGAAAAGAGGAUGGAUUGGAGGACAUGAAUUUUAUUUGUUAUAAAAAUAAUGAAUUUUAUGGUUUUAUUUGUGACAACAUGUGCGUUCUCUUGGCAAAGUUCAAUCUAUCUUAUGAACAGUGAUAUUAUUUGCAAAUACAACUAUGAUAAUCAACUGAAUUUAAACAAAAGUAUAUUAUCAUUAUGUUUAAAGACAUGUGGCAAGUGACACAUUAAAUUUACCGGCCAAAAUGAAUUAUUAUGAAUGAGGGUCUGGAUGGGGAUCUCUAUUUAUUUAUUAUUUAAAUUUUUAUACCAUUUUUCUCUUUUCUUUAUUUGUUUUGACCCUUUUUCUCUAUUAUACAUAUGUCAGCACCCCGUCAUGUCAGCACCCCAUCAUUCUCUAUUCAUUGUUAUUAUGACCUACUUUAUUUAUAUUCCUUUUCGUCCUUUAUUCUGCACUGCGUGCCCAUAAUUCCAUAUUCUGUAAACCCUAUCCAGACCCUCAUGCCAGUUACAAUUGUUAAACGUACUAAAUUCCGUCAAUAAAGAUUAUUUGUGAAGAUAGAAGCUACAAAUACUGUAUAACUAUUAUCAUUCGUUUGGUACCAAUUUUUGUAGAUUACAUGGAUAAGAAUUAACAAGGACUUUAAAUGUUCAAUGACAUAAAUCUACUAGUGGCUUGAAUGCAAUCUUUUAUUUAACAAUGAAAUCAAUAAUCCAGGCAAAUGCAUUUUGUCUUGAAACCACGAAGAUUUUUACCCAUGAAUAUGUUAUGAAUACACAGUACUGUAGUAGUUCUAAAUGUACAAAUCGUUAAGGGCGAAGAAUGUAAAGUAUAUAUUAUAGUAUCGUAGCUAGAUCUUUUUGAACUACUAAUUGUAAUGAAUUGUAAUACAAAUGAAAAUGCAAUUAACAAAUUUAAAAUUUAAACAAGAUGACGGGCACUGAUGGAGUUGUAACAGAGACCAAAUAUUAUCAGUAAUAUGAAUACUAGGUCAAUGUCAAAUCAUUAAUGCCAGACAGCCACGUAAACCUUCAUUUUAUGCACUAAAAUAUUCAACCUAUCAGUGGCAGAUCCAGAAAGUUCUCAAAGUGCCAAUUGACUAUCAUAUUUAGGCAGAGCAAAACCUAAAACAUAAUAGUUCUAUUUAAAUAAAUGUCAUAUAAAAAUCAAUAUUCUGGUAAAAUUUCAAUCUUUAUAUAGCUGUCCUGUAUAAAACAUAUGCCCUUUGAGCGCAUUGAUAUACAGAAACCUCUUUUUGGACACCUUUGAAAAAACUUGAGCGGAGUACCUAUAUAUUGGUAGCUGCUAUGACCUUGACCUACAGUAUACCUCAUAAUGAAUAGGCUUUUUUACCUAUCAUACAUAUCGUCCUAGGUAUGAGUUUUCUUUAAAUAAGACAAGGAAAACAAUUUCUUUAGGAAAGCAUUUGUUUUAAAAAAUCGACUCUGAGUAACAAUAGCCUUCAACUUUUGACUAAUUGACCAAACAACCUUAAUCAUUAUCAUCCAUUUGUAUGAGGGUUUUUUUUUAAAUAAGCAAAGGAAAAUCAAGAUUUCAUCCAGAAAGAACUUAUGUAUGAUGGAUAGUCUGAAGGAGGAACUGACAACGCGAAUAGUAUUUACUCCUACAUUUUUUUUCUUGGGAACCAUAAAUACAUUAUGCCCUUUAUUUAUCAUAAUUUAUUUGGUUACAUCCUCGUUUAUUGAUCUCUGGUGGAUAGGUAUCUUACUUUUAUAAAUAUAUCGAAAAAUAACCCAUUUUAAAACGAAAACUCGUCUAAACAAAACCCAGAGUAAAAUGAAAAUAUUUCUAAACAGAGCUCUUAUUCUGAAGUUAACUUGUGUAAACUGAACCUCCGGCUUAUACAAAAGGGGGAUCGAAUUACACAGGUUUCACUGACAAUUAUUGUAGAUAAAAUAAUAAAUGCUGAAAGAGAUGUUUAUUCAAAAUUUACUCUUUUUUGUAUGAACUUUUAUGAAAUUGCGAUAUUUUUCAACUUAUCACUCAAAACAUGCAAAAUUUAACACAUCUUUUCUGUUUUUUUUUUACCUUUAUUACUAAAGCUAUUGUUGAUAAUAUUUUAUUGUCUAUCAGAAUAAAACUGUCUUGUCUGUC